AUGAAGACAUUCAUUUGGUCAUUGACUUUUAUUUUAUUUUUCGAUAUUUCAUUACAAUCACCAUUGAAUGAUGAUCAUAGAGAAAAAUUAUCAAAAUUAAAUUUACGUUCUUUACCAUCUGUUUAUCAACAAGCUUUACUUGAAGUUCGAGCUACAUCUGAAGGUCGUGAAGAUACAAAUACAUGGUGUUGUAAAAAUGGUAAUCCAGCUAGAAUGAAAGUUAUUACAACAACUUUCAUUCGUUGGGAACCAACAGGACAAACUCAAGCUGUUCUUGUUGGUCAUAGUGAUUGUGGAUUUGGUGGAUGGUCAAAGUGUUCAACAUAUGGUAUUCAACAUAUACCUACAUCACAUAUUGAUUACGGUCAUGAACUUGUUCCUGAUAUUGAAAAUAGUCAAUGUCCAGAAAAUCAUAUUGUUUGUUGCAAAUCUAUGGUUCCUGUAGCGGGUUUUUGCAUGAGUAUACGAGAUUUUAAUCGUGUUGUUGCUGAAUGGUCAAAAUUACAAGCAACACAUCCUGAAGCAACACUUGCUAAUCUUAUUGUUACACUUCAAAAUAAUGGUUUAUCUUCAUUAGAGGGAUAA